GCUGUCUACACAAGUUGGCCUACGUGUGUCGCGUGAUGUGACAGAUGUGGAUUCGAGAGGACUUGGGAGGCGUCAAUAGGGGUGGGGACGCCCGCUGCCUCACCAGGAAACACCGUUUAAAUGCUCACUGCCAGUUUACCGUGCGCAUACUUAGAGCGAGAGAAGCAUCAUCAUCCUACUCCCACUGAAAAUAAACCUCCAUUUUUUUCCCUACAAACCCACUUUUCAAGGCUCGAGCCAUGUGCGGGAUUUUUGCUUACCUAAACCAUCAAGUGCCCCGCACCAGGAAGGAGAUAUUUGAGACAUUGGUGAAGGGACUGCAGAGACUCGAGUACAGAGGCUACGAUUCAGCAGGCAUUGCUGUGGAUGGAAAAACCAAGGAAACCUCUGGCAUUAAUGGCAAAACCAUCUGUUUGAUCAAAAAGAGAGGAAAGGUCAAGGCGUUGGAUGAGGAGCUUCACAAGAAGGACUCCCUGGACCUGGAAGAGGAACUGUGUACACACUUUGGCAUCGCCCACACUCGUUGGGCCACACACGGAGAGCCGAGCGCGCUCAAUAGCCACCCUCAUCGCUCUGACGAUGAUAAUGAGUUUGUUGUAAUCCACAAUGGCAUCAUCACCAACUACAAGGAGCUGAAGUCCUAUCUGAUCACCAAGGGAUAUGCGUUUGAGUCCGAGACAGACACAGAAGUGAUCCCGAAGUUGAUCAAAUACAUUUACGACAAUCGGGAAUUUGACAGCAUCAGUUUCUCCACGCUGGUGGAGAGGGUCAUUCAUCAGCUGGAGGGGGCCUUUGCUCUGGUUUUUAAAAGUCGCCAUUUCCCUGGAGAGGCCGUGGUUGCCAGAAGAGGAAGUCCGUUGCUUAUUGGCGUACGAAGCGAACACGAGCUGUCAACUGAACACAUUCCUGUCCAGUACAAGGGUGCACUCUUCAAGGAGGACAUCCAGGAAAAGAACAACCAUAACCGCGCUGGUGGCACGAUUAACUCUGUAGGGGAUGGCAGAGCUGUGGAGUAUUACUUUGCCUCUGACGCUAGUGCCAUUAUUGAGCAUACUAACAAAGUAUUGUACCUGGAGGAUGAUGAUAUUGCCGUGGUGAGAGGAGGGAAACUUUCCAUCCACAGGAUGAACCGGCAGGCUGGUGAAGAUCCUGUGCGAGCCAUCCAAACCCUAAAAUUGGAGCUCCAACAGAUAAUGAAAGGAAACUUUGAUUCCUUCAUGCAGAAAGAGAUCUUUGAGCAGCCAGAGUCAGUGGUCAACACAAUGAGAGGCCGCAUUUGUUUUGACUCCAAUACUGUGGUUCUUGGAGGAUUGAAGGACCACCUAAAAGAAAUCAAGCGCUGCAGACGGCUGAUCGUAAUUGGCUGUGGUACUAGUUUCCAUGCUGCAGUCGCUACCAGACAAAUCCUGGAGGAAUUGACGGAGCUGCCUGUCAUGGUGGAGUUGGCGAGUGACUUCCUGGACCGCAACACGCCUGUUUUCAGAGAUGAUGUUAGUUUCUUCAUCAGCCAGUCAGGAGAGACAGCAGACACCCUAAUGGCUUUGCGUUACUGUAAGGACCGAGGUGCCCUAACAGUGGGCAUAACCAACACUGUGGGAAGCUCCAUUUGCAGAGAAACAGACUGUGGAGUCCACAUUAAUGCUGGGCCUGAGAUUGGAGUUGCGAGCACCAAGGCAUACACCAGUCAGUUUGUAGCCCUCACCAUGUUUGGCCUUAUGAUGAGUGAGGACCGACUGUCCUUACAGAAGAGAAGACUGGAGAUCAUCAACAGCCUCAGAGAGCUCCCCGAUCUGAUAAAAAAGGUAUUGUCUCUGGAUGAGAAAAUAAAGAUCAUUGCUGAAGAGCUGUACCAGCAGAGGUCUCUUCUGGUCAUGGGCCGUGGUUUCAAUUAUGCCACAUGUCUGGAGGGGGCACUGAAAAUCAAAGAAAUUACCUACAUGCACUCGGAGGGCAUCCUGGCAGGCGAGUUGAAGCAUGGACCUCUGGCGCUCAUUGACAAACAUAUGCCCGUCAUCAUGAUCAUCAUGAAGGAUGCCUGCUAUACCAAGUGUCAAAACGCCCUACAACAAGUGACUGCUAGAUCGGGGAGGCCCAUCAUCCUGUGUUGCCAGGACGACACUGAGGUGACCAUGAAUGCUUACCGGACCAUCGAGCUGCCACGUACUGUCGACUGUCUGCAGGGCAUCCUCAGUGUCAUCCCACUGCAACUACUGUCCUUCCACCUGGCAGUGCUGCGAGGAUAUGAUGUUGACUGCCCCAGAAACCUAGCAAAGUCUGUGACAGUGGAAUGAACUCAUGUCACAAAGCACAGGAGAGCAGGAAGGACGUUCAUAGCGUUGCAGCGCAAAUGUGCAAUUUCAUUUUCAGAAUGUUUUAAUGGAUAUGUGUGUGUGUGUGUGUGCGUGUGUGUGUGUGUGUGUGUGUGUGUGUGUGUGUGUGCGCGCGCGCGCGUGUGUGUAUGUUUCUGCAUGUAAGGCGAGUGUGUAUGGGAAGUGAGUGAAAGAGGCAAAUGAAAAGGACCGCAUACAAGGAACUUUUUUGUUUUUAUUCAAACAAAUGUGAAGUUUGACCAAUACACUGAUGAGGAUGCUCCAGUCCUGUGCUGUUGAGGUCUUGUAUGGAUCACAACAUACUGUGCCUUUUUCUUAUCACCAGAAGAGCCAAAAACACUUUAAGAGACAUAAUAAUCACAUUAAAUACGAUGUAGAAGAAAUUACAGUUGUGCAAUAUGGGGGCUAAAUGUGCAUUAUGAAAGUACGCAUUUGUGACUUUUUUUUUUUUUUUUUAACAUUCUCUUGCUUAGCCUACAUCCAAUGAAAUUGAAUAGUUACAGAACUUCAUUCCAAAGAUCUCCGGAAAUCUUCUGUAUGUUGUACUGUACAUGAAUGCAAUUAGUGUACCUUCUGGGUUUUAAUAUUUAUUUUUAUUUUUUUUAGCAGGGCCUACGAAAAAAAGAAGGUACUUUUCACAUUCUGACUUGAUUUUACCCUUGUGUCAUAUUCUGUUUCAUGUUUAUUGUCGUUUUAGUAUGUUUGUGUUGCUUGGGUUAAGCAGAAUAGCAUUGUUUGCAACUAUUAGUUUCAUGCUAUGUCAGAGCAUGUUAAAAUUGUAAUUGCAGCACACUCAGUUUAUUCCACUGAGUGCGUCAUUGCAUUUGUAGUAUGGAAGGAGUCAUCCAGAAAAGAACCAACUGAUCAAUAUGCCAUUACUUUUAUCACAGUGUUUAUUUUUCAGCUUUUUAGCUAUUUGUAUGAGUUUAUAACAAAUGAAGAUAUUCUAGAUUUAUCUGAUUUAUAUUUUAGAAACAAAAAAGGGUUUGAUCUAUAUUUGUAACUGAUUUUUUUGUUUCAUACCUUUUCGUUUUACAGACAUAACUGUGAUCUUUUAAUCAGUACCUACAUAAAGUAUUCAGAAACGUG